AUGGCCAUCGGAGUCUACUUGCUUGUUUGCCUUACUUAUGCGACAUGUAUCCUCUUCCAUCAAACAGCAGCGAGAUCCUUCACCGUGGACUACAAAAACAAUGUCUUCCUCAAAGAUGGCGAGCCAUUUCGCUAUAUUUCUGGAAGUAUUCACUAUUUUAGGGUCCCUCGCGUUUUUUGGCGUGACAGGCUCGAGAAGAUGAAAGCGGCAGGGUUAAAUGCCAUACAGACGUGAGUAUUUUUCAACUCAAAAGUCCAAUAGAUAGAUAGAAACUUUAUUUAUGUGUCAAGAAAGAAAAACUAGCCGAGGGGCAGGCCCUCUACUAAUAGGGGACACCUACAGCUAAAAUAUAAUAGAUACAAUAAUUAAGUAGAUAAAAAAAUCCAUACAAUAUGUUACAAAUUGUUAGCUAAAAUACUAAAGCUGAGUACUAAAAUGCUAAAAUUGUUUCCGAUGAGACAUCAAGUAUCACACAGAAGACAUCCAUUGCAUCCAUCAUCAAUAAGAGAUGUCAGAUCCGUAUUACGCAUUCGGUUUCUAAAAUCACUUGAUGAUUUACACGUUUUAUCAUUUUUGUCCAGCUUGCUCCAUAAAAUGGGACCUAAAUAUCGAAGGGAAUGCUUACCAAAUGAAACUGUGUUAAACCUGGGUAAAAGAAAGUCUGAAUUUCUUAAACUGUAGCAUGAAUCACGAGGUUUAAAAAUGUUGGUGAUAGCUUCGGAACACAGAUAACUAUUUAGCAUAUUAACGAAGCUGUCGUUAAAACCGUAAGACUUGAGUUUACUUAACAAUAGAGGCCGAUGAACCGAGUCAAAUGCUUUGGACAUGUCCGUAGAUAAAAUUCCGACAGACAAGCCUUCAUCUUUUGACUUUUUCCAGUCUUCAACAAGACCAACAAGGGUAGUUUCACAACUACGAUAUUUUCGAUAUGCUGAUUGACAAUCAGCGAGCUGACUCUCAAAUUUGUCAGAUAUUUGUUUUCCUAGCAGUUGUUCAAACACUUUAUCGACACAUGGCAGAACUGUUAUUGGUCUGUAAUUGUUAAUCGCUUGAGCGUCAUCUCUUUUAAAAGUCGGAAUCCAUUCACCUCGUUUCCAUUGACUAGGCCAUUUUCUGUUGUUGAUACAUGAGUUAAAGAGGAUAGCGAGCGAACUCGAAAGUUGAGCUGCUCCAAUUUUCAUGAUUUUAGGUGGAAUACCAUCGUACCCCGUUGCCUUUCUUUCGUUAAGCUUUUCCAGUGUACGUUCUACAUGGGCAUUGCUGAUAGGCUCAAUGUCAUACUGUUGUUUGUUUCUGAUGUUAUUGGCUAUCGCUACUACACUUGGAUGAUCUUGAAAGUCCUCCGGUGAAUCUAAUUUGCUUUUAUCACCCCCAAUACCGUCAGCAAUUGUGGCAAAGUAAUCAGCGAACAGAUCUGCCACCCUGCUUUGAUCUUUUUCUACGACAUCGCCGUCAGUUCUAAGAUGAAUCUCGAUAUCACCCUUGUGACCCUUUGUUGAUAAGAAUGGCCUAAAUGUUUUAAAAAAGUCCCUCGGGUUUACCUUUAGAUCAUCCGCUUUCUUUCUCCAAUGUUCUUUUAUCGCCAAACGUCUUUGCCUAGUGGCCUCAUUUCUGCAUUUCUUUUUGUUUUCCCAGUUUUCUUGGGUAGGAUGGUUUUUAUAUUUCACUGUAGCUCUUCUCUUGGCACGUAUUGCUUGCUUCCAACCUGUGGUCAUAUACGGUACGUCUUUGUCGCGGACUCUCAUCUUUUUCAAGGGAAGCUGAUCAUCAACCACAUUUCGCAACAAAGUACUCCAAUAAUAAGCUUGAUCAUCAAUUUCGUCGAAGAUUUCACCUACGUGCCAGGGAGCCAUUGAUAAACUUUCUUUAAAAAGACAUUCAUCAAAGUUCUUAUAGCUUCGGAAUGUUAUGACUUUCGGCCGAUGAGAUAAUACUUUGUCUUUCAAGAUUCCAUAAAUUAGGCAGUGAUCACUUAACGACGGGUGAUAAAUUCCGCUAUGCUUGAAUAGAUCGGGUCUAUUGCUCAACAAUACAUCAAUUAGAGUACUGGUUGUCUUAUUCCCACUGGUGGCGAUACGUGUAGGUUGCGUAAUAAGACAUUCAAAUCCUUGUUCCACUUCAAGAUGUAAUAAUAAUUUACCUUCGCUUGUGUUAGGUUUCAGUCUAUCCAGGUUUAAGUCACCCAAAAGUGGCACAAAAUUACUUUUGAGAUUAGCCCAGUUACAAAUGUCCCCGGGGGGGGGGUACUCCCUAAUAUGGGCUAUAUAGGUAUGUGCGGCCCCAAAGGGUAGGGUUUUUCAGCCGUUUUGGUCAUAAAUUGGGUAUCGAUUUUGGCUAUUUUGCCGCCAUUUUUGUCAUAAAUAGGGUAACGAUUUUUGCACUGUAGUCUUGAAUGCACUUUUUUAGAAGAAGCUACUUCCUUAUCAUGUCCCCCUCCUUCCAUCCGCGUUUUGCCUUCCUCUCCACCGGCUGCUUUGUAGGCUAGAAAAUACAAGCAACAAAAGCCCUUCACAAAAUAGGGUAUCAAAUUUUUGGUUAGGUCAUAAAUAGGGUAGGGAAAAUCGCAGAUUUUGGUCAUAAAUAGGGUAAGGGUUUUGGGAAGCGGGCCGCACACCCCUACCCAAUUUUUCUGCGAGUACCCCCCCGGGCAAAUGUCACUAAGCUCGUUUUCCAGCUGUGUUUGAUAGUCUCCUGAAAGAACUGUCGGUGGUCUGUAGAUUCCAAGAAUUACCAUAUUCCUGUUGUCAAUCCUGAUGUCGAUGGCAAUAGACUAUUGUUUUAUAACUCUUUUCUAACGCGAGUCUCUUGCAAGUCAAUUUGGAAGAUAUGUACACCAUUACUCCUCCACCGCCCUUUUUCCUAUCAUUCCCAUACAUCCGAAAGCCAGGAAUAGGAAAUUGACGAUCUGGAUAACUCUUGUCGAUUUUGGUUUCGCUAACAAAUAUUAUGUGUGCAUUGAUCUUUUUGAUAACGUUUUCCAGUUCCUCAAGUUUAUUUUGAAUACUGUUUAUGUUGAUAUGAGAGACCAAAACAUCGUUCUUGAGAUGGUUCCGUAGAGAUUCUAGAUGGACGUUGUCGGAGUUAUGUUCUUCCAAUCCACCUUCAGUAGAACAUUCGGCCGUAAAUUGAGUUGUUCCCCCUUGAUAAUCCUCGGCAAUGAUUUGUGUAUUACCUUCAUAAACUUCUUCGAAGAAGAAGUCCGUCAGUGGCGGAAGAGCGCAGGCAGGACAAGUCCAAUCAAUAUCGGGCUGGUCUAAGUAGUGCUGGAAAAUGUGCCGAGACAUAUUGAGGCAUUUAGCGUGCGACCAGUUUCCACAUGUAGCACACAAGAUGGCGUCUUGGUUAUUUCUAACGGCCUUGUGACAUUCACUGCAUGGGUAUUUUGACAUCGACUUCUUCCCUUUCGGGCCAGGAUUUGUGGCCACAUCCCCGCACGAAAGCAAGUCCCUUUCCAGAUUGAAGCUUCUAGUUCCUUUGGCCGUGUAUAGAACCCUCCGUGAAGUAAAUCGUUUGGCACGAGAUUUGAAUCUUCCAUGGUUUGUCGAGUUUGAGACGAAUUCCGGUGCAACAAGCAUCUUUGAGACGCUUGUGGCCUGGUAGGACUCUGGAAAGUCGUCACCUAUCCUUUCACGAAUUAAAACUGCUGUUACAAACAGGAAUAUUAGAAUUUGUAGUGAGCUCGCCCAGUUCGGUCCGGCCGCCAUGAUGACCCACGUGUCCGAAAUUUUAUGUCAGUUUAUUAAUGAUCAUAACAAUUUAUUGUAUCAUGCAUAAUGCACCGCCAAAAAGGGGUUUCGUGCAUGUUAAUAAUGGAUCAAACAGUCACGAUUUCGUGUACAUAACAUGUACUACGAUCCAGACUUUAAAGAAUACUAAAGCCUGUCUCUAUGGAGAUACACCGCGGAACUCAAUUUUGAGGGAGUUUUCUGCAGAUGGCCGAUUUUAUUGUCUUUGGGGUCACUUUGUUGUUAGCCUGCGGACAGCAGACGCAUUUCCGGUCGUCGCUUCUCUCCCUCCGAAAAAUAGAGAGAAGCGACGACCGGAAAUGCGUCUGCUGUUCGCAGGCUACUUGUAGGUAGCCAAAAUACAGGUUGCUGCAAGCAACCUCUUGGGGAGGGUGGGGUGGAGCCAUGACAGACCUACUAGCCGUUGCUUCAAUUCAACGGCCCAUAAGUUCUCGAUCGAAGCAGUCUUUAAAGCAAGCGAAGCGAGCUUUAAUGGCCGGAGACCGAGCAAGCGACAAGGUCGCGAGGUCAGAAUAAAAAUCUCUAAAUCAACCAAAAAAUAUAUUAGGAUUUUCAAGAGCCACUUGAUAGAGAAAGUCUAAGAAAGACACUAAACUCUGGUCGUCUCGACAGUUAAUUUUAGGUGGCUUUUUCGUCGCGUCUCAUCUGAAACUGUUAGCAACCCUCAGAUGCAUGGACCCUGAUGGGUCCCGUCGAAUGUUAUAGGACAUGGAGACGUUUGUCUUAACUUAAAACCGAAAUUUUCAGGAGACCCUUUUUAAGAGGGUCUUUAAAAAAGGGGAUAUUUUCAUGAUACGUGAUUAGCUGUUUUUAUUUUUCGUGAACUGUGAAUUCAAUAAAUAUACUUCGUGUUCCGUGACCAAAAGGAAGAGCGUGUCCUUUAUAGAAGAACUGGAAUUAAUAAUCGAUAUUCGUGAUUUCAUUACUUAUUUUUUUCGUGACUUUUCAGUUUCGAGACCUUUCCGGAAGAUGAGACUUUGAAAGUGUCAAAAGAGAAUAAUGAGGUUUGGAAGUUGCUAUUUACAUCUUUCUUUUUCUUUUCCUUUUCGCCACUUUCAAGCUGUUUUGCCAGACACCUUUCUUGCUCCUUUACUGUUUGCGUUAGAGCAAGAUGAAAAACCAUACUUUCAUGCUGAUAUCGUCACCCGAUUCGGUUUGCAACUAGACUUGCUACAAGUCGACCUCUUUGCAAGAUUUGAAUACACGGCAAACAGAAAAUGAAAAUGAUAGGCUAGUAAAAAUAUAAAUGUCACUAAUUAAGUUUAUCACGUCUAUUUUUAUAUACCACGACUCUAAUGUUUUGCAGGAGCCCUGUGUUUUGUCAAUAAUGUGAGUCUCGCGUACUUUUCUGACAGAGCCACGGCUGCUACGGAUUAGUUCUAAGAUCUUCUAAGGGAACAAGAAGGUCGUCGUUAGUGGAGUGAUCAGGGGCCCGUUUCUCGAAAGUCCCGGUAACUUAAAGGGCCCGAAAUCAAAUAUUCAAAUCGAAAUAUAAAGAAUAAGAACGCGGUUCCUGGCUAGCAAGUAGCAAACAACUCCAUUUUGUUUCAUUAACUGACAGUUUUAUCACGUUAGAUGCAAAACUAUUGAAACCUCGAUCUUUAAUGUAGACGGAGACAGCUUACCGGGCCCGUUAAUUAUCGGGACUUUCGAGAAACGGGCUCCAGCUUUGUUCAAAUGAGAAGAGGACAGCGCUUUUAAACUGAGUCCAGUCUGCAGGCCUGUCUUUGAUAGCGACAGAAUGAUAAUUCGUUGGCAUAGACACACCAAAAUAUUGUCAAAACCCGUUAAAAAGGACACUGAGGGGGCCAUAGUAAGUGUCCGUAUUAUCGGGGUGCUUGUAUCAAGCGGGUUGAAUUGAGAGAAAAUGUAAGGGCAACCUCGUUCCAAGGGUUCUCUCCUCUCUGUCCCCACGGAGCGAGCGAGAGAGAACGAGUAGGAGAGAGAACCUGGGAUCGAGGUUGAUUUAAGGGCUUUUCUCCCCAAGGACAAAGUAAACUGUCUGUAAUAAUGAGGUGUUCGUUUUAGGUGGGUGUCUGUAAAGGGGGCAGGUGGCGGAGUUUGACAGUACAGCUUACAUCCCUCUUGUUGUAUGCGUAAUGAAAAUAGGACACACAGGCUGCCCAUAUCCUGGAGUACACCACAAGCCAACCUUCCCAGGUUCCUUUCAUACUCGUCCCCCUCUCUCUCUCGCUACGGGGGACGAGUGGCAGAGGACCCUGGGAACAAAGUUGCACCGCAGGCGUAUAGACCUUAUUCACGAUAUCCGCCAUCUUUACACGCGCUUAAAAACUGACGGGUUAAAAGCAAUGUCACGUGGUUUCUCAGGGUGCAGACAAGCGGAUAAAAUCUGCCAAUACAAGAAAUUGCGUCGAGACUAUUUAUUCCAGGAAACAAACAAUGAAAAACCUCUCCUCCUAAGGACAUGGCAAAUUAUGGGUGGAAAUCAUCGUUGCUACUUUUUUAUGAUGCGGUAGCGACCGCAGAUUUUAUCACAGCAAGCGAUAAUGAUGAUGAAACUUGUCGAAACUCAGGAAACUCGAACUGCACAUGUUGCAUGACCAAAAUCGUCGUCUCGUUUUGAGAGAAUAAACAAUUUCGACCGCGAUUACUCGUACUGGCAAAUUUCGUUUUAAUUUCCGUUUUGGAAACUCCAUAAAAAAACCUAUAAAAUAACGGCUGUUGGAACCGGCUGCUCCUUUACUGCAGUGGUUAAAUAACAAAUGCAGUAAACCGAGUUCGAGGCUUCCUGGCUGUCAGUUGUUUUUGGACUUUUUCUUUGUUUCUUUAAAACAACAAGUAAUUAAGGUCUCCUCAGUGUGUAAGGUUGAUGAGUUGUUCGACCUUCAUCUGAGUUUUAUCUUGUAGACAAUACCAUACGAAACCAUGAAAGGGCUUCGAUGGCCUUUCAUGCUUCUUUCCAAUACAAUCCUAUGGUUUAGUUCGAAACAACGCCGAAAGUGUCAUGAUACACUUAAAAACUUUAAUUCAAGUUCUCAACUGGAACCUAGCCUCUGGCAAUGGAAUGGACUAUACCCAAAUAACAGAUCGUUAAACGCUCUUACUUCUGUGUUGUCUUUCUCACAGGUACAUAGCAUGGCAGGUCCACGAGAAAGUUGAAGGACAAUAUGACUUUGAGGGGGGAAACGAUUUUGUUGACUUCACGCAGCUGGCAGGAUCUUUGGGGUUGCUGGUGAUUAUAAGAGCAGGUAAGUUAAACGAAAAAAGAGAUAAUACACCUCAUAUACCUCAGAAAAGGCGCUCGCUGGAAUUCGUUAGCAGUAUAGCAGAGACCGAGAAGUCCAUUUUAAAGUGGAAUCUCUUUAGGGUGAAGUGGAGGAGCUGACUUUGAAAACUUUUACUUAGUCCAACUCUCUUCACUUAUAGAUCGUUUAGUCUCUGUUGUCCCGCUAUAUGUGCUAAUGAAAUAUUGUUACAUAUAAAUGCUCAUUGCUUUAAUUAGCUUCUGUACCUUCCAUUAAAAAAAGUCUUAUCAGAACAAUGUGACGCUCUCUCGUCAAACUAGCGCCUGAGGGCACAAAAUGCCCGGGCACUAGUGUUCAAGCAUCAAGUGUAAACGUAAAUAGCCUUAUGUGUUUUCCAUAAAUGUCUUCUUAUAGCCAUGCGUCUUCUCCGUGCGUCUUCUCUUAUAACCACACGUGUUUUCUAGAGCUAUGCGUGCCUCCUAAUUGCCGAGCAUGUUUUCUUACAGCCAUACGUGUUCUUUUUGCAGGCCCUUUUAUCGCAGCUGAGCGAGAUAUGGUAAGCGUGUAACAAAAAUUAAUAUAUUUUUCAAACACCUUAUUUGAACAUUCAAAGGUGCUUUAGUUCUAUCACGCAAUUGCAACAAUUAUUUUCAGGGUGGAUUUCCGCCUUGGUUAUUGAAGGACUACACUGCUAACUACAUGCCGCGAUUCAGAACAAUGAAAAACGCCGGUAAGUGGCCACAAAUGCUUUUAUCAUUCAAUUUAAUUGGUUUAACAAGCUGUUUUGUUCAUUUGCGCCUUAGUGGCCGCCACCAUUUCUUAUUUUCUCACCGCUGCUACAAAUUUUUCAUGUUGGUUGUCCUUCCUCCCCUUUGUUUUUUUCUCUCGCUCUAGCUCUCUGUCGCUCUUUUUCUGGUUGAGCUUCGCUGGCCUGUCGCCUACUUUCUCUUUUUCUCUGUUUUUCUCUUCCUCUAUAUUCCAAACUUGUGGACGUGAUAAUUAAUCUAAGCUUAAUACUUUAGAAAACAUGGAUACAGAAACCAUUUCCGCUUUCCGUUUUCGUCCUUAUUAACUCUUCAGUUGUCUCUGCUUCACGAGACGCGGGUGGCUAUGCCAUUUCCCGCCAAAUAAACUCAAGUUGCAUUGGGGGCUGGCAUACCUGUUGAUUGAAUUAUUUUACAUUGGUAUGCCUAUGGUGCGGACGGACGGACGGACGGUCGAGGGUAAGGUCACGUGAUUCCCAAAAUUUCUCAGAUGGGCAGAUUACCACAUUUUCUUAGGUAUCGGGCUACGCUCGCGCGCGCUUCGCCCGUACUUGGGGCCCCGCUAAUAAAUUCACACCACACAACUCCCUGUGGUAAAGUCAGUACCUUACACAUGCGCACAGACAUACCACAUAUCACAUGGGCAUUUCCCACUUUGGGAACGGGAAGGAAACUGAGCCUUAACUGACUCUUGCAAAGACUUGUGGGACUGUGACUACAGUUGACUCCCGAUAACUCGAAUCCUCGCUAACUCGAACCUCGCGCUGACUCGAACCAAAAUCGAUUUCCCCUGGAUUUUCGUCAUACAUUUACUGUAAUUUUACCCUCGAUAACUCGAACCUCCCGCCAACUCGAAGUAGUUUUUUUUUUUCCCUCAGGUCAUUUCUAUAUUAUUUUGCCCUCGAUAACUCGAACCAUGUUUUCAGCCCUUAAAAGUCCGGAAAAGACAGUCUACUGGCGUCCCAAACAUUGAAUUUUGAAUUGCCCAUUGACGUGUUGUAGGUAUAUAGUUUACUAUUGGAGGCUGAUGUUGUUUGUCACAAAUCUAACGUAAAACAGCUUUACUUCUCAAAACAGUAAAACUCAUACUCUAUUUAAGCAAAGUUUUGUUAUGUUACGUUCUGAUUUAUAAUCUAGAAGUGUCUUUUAAUUUUCACUUGACAUUUCUCCAAUUAAAUGUGAUUAAAAUGGUCACUAUGCGGUAAAAACUGUUUUUUCCUAACUCCUGGCUACUUUUUUCGAGCUCCCGAUAACUUGAACCUUUGUCGAUUUCCCUUGAAGGUUCGAGUUAUCGGAAGUCGACUGUACUUCCUAGGGACAGGGGCAAAAUUGGCCAAUAGCUGAAUGGCGCGUCCCCAGGAACGAUCCCAAAAACAACUAGGGGUCAUUUUUUCGGCUCCGGUUCCCCUCUCGUUUCUAAAGCAGUGGCGAAUUGGCUGCCAAGGACAGCUGUUUUUGAUGGUUCACUGGCAAUACCGCGUUCAUUUUAGACUGUAAUCACUCCUUUCAGAGGCUUAAUUAAAUUGUAAAUGCUUUAUGUAUAGUUGAAGUAGACUUAGAUAUGCUAGCUAGUUUACAGGCACUCCACACAAAUCGUUUGAAUUAAGUAACACGAAAAUAUAAUGUAAAAGGAUUAAAAACCUCCAACACGUAGGGGGCAACCAGCAACCUAUACACAAACAUCAUGACCGGAUUUGUACUCGGCACGACCAAGGAACAAAUCGAGCUGGUGGUCAGAGCGGGACUGGAAACCAGGACCGCUGGAUUGCAAGUCACGUGCUGACCAAUCGGCCGGGGUGGUUUAUAGUUGUAUCAUAACAAAUGAAAUUCCGUAUUUCAAUUACCUACACUAGAUUUUUUUCGCGACCAUCACAGUUGAAGAAGCUGGGGUUAUCAAAGAGGUCUGGUUCGCAAACCCUCACAUCUUAUGAGUAGGGUCGAGCAAUCUGCCGGACUGAGAAAUCUCUUAUUUCAAAUGUUUCUUUUCAAAUGUGUAUUUCUCCAUUCUCCUUCCUCCUUGUUCUGACAACAAAACAACAAGUGUCGUUAUUUUCAAAUCACUUAUCGGUAUAUUUAUAUAGUUGGAAUGCAUACUCUUCCAAUGACGCAAUCUGUUUCAUUGUUAUAACAUCAUAGCUUAUAUCGCUGCAGUAGACAGAUGGAUGGGAGUGCUCCUUCCAAAAAUAAAGCCUUUGAUCUAUUCUAAUGGAGGACCCGUUAUUACAGUUCAGGUGAGAAGCAAAAACUGGAUGCAUUAUGAUCUAAAGGUUACCUAACUGCCUAAGGAUUCCUACUACUGUAUUAUCCUGGGUAGCAGGCGCUUUAGAGAAAAUGUUGACGCAAGAAAGAACGGGGCGCACUAGGGGGGCACACGACGGGGACACGCGCAUGGAAACAAUAUAUCUUCGUCGCGUGCCCUGUCUUUUCUCGCACCCAUAUUUCUUCCAAGCGCCUGUUACGCAAGUUACUAUACUGUCGGAGUGGACAUCAAUUACUUCAUUGCGUUAGUUUCCGUGAUUGUUUUGUCAUUGCUUUCAGAGGAAAGAAUUAGGGAAAGCUAACGCCAGAAACAGCCACGGUAUGAUCCUGGCCUUGGCUGUAAAAAAAAGCCAAAGACAAUCCCGACCAGGACAAGAGAGCAACACAAUGCCUCUGCCUGGAUGGGAUAUCAGUGACAUACAAUACUAGACGCGAAAGCAGCUCUGAAGUUUAAGAACACAAAGCAGAGCAGGCAGACGUAGUAGCAGUAACAUAGAUUAGGAUCCUGUCCGGAGGGGAGAAGUAAAACUCCUAGUUUCUUUAAAGUUUGGCAUAAAAUAGCUCAAGUCUGAUAGCCUCCUAUGUAGCCUUUGUGAAAGAGUUCCGUGACGACACAAAGAACGGCUCGUAAUUAUAAGAGACUAAACGCAAAAGGCAGAAUAGCAAAAUCUGUGGCAACCAAAUUCUUCAUUGAAUUUGACUUUAGAUAUCGUGCUUAUAUCAGUACCAAUCCUUCAUACAGUACCCUGAUUGUGAAAAGACUAAAAGACAAGCACAGCUUUCUUGAAAACGAUAACACUCUGAGGUCUGAUGUCAGAAUGACGGAGAUGGUCUUUUCCUCUUAUGAGAAAAUUUCUUAUUUGGCUCUCGUCUUUAGGUAGAAAAUGAAUAUGGAUCCAUGGAGCAGUGUGAUCAUCAGUACAUGGCUCACUUGAAAGAUCUCUUUGUAAAAUAUCUUGGCAACGAUGUCCUUCUCUUUACAAACAAUGGUUGUACUGAAAGAAUGUUUGAGUGCGGAACCCUGCAGGGGAUGUUAUCAACGGUGGACGCCGGCGGUGGUAAAAUAUGCAUAAAACGUACUCCCAAACAAAGUACCGUAAAAUUCCGAAAAUAAGCCCCUCCAUGUAUAAGCCCCUCUAAAUAUAAGCCCCGCAAACUCAUAACGCAAAAACCCCUCCGUUAAAUCGCCCCUCCAAAUAUAAGCCCCCGGGGGGCUUGUACUCGGAAAUUGCCCUCAAAUACAAAGUAAAACAAAGAAAAAACGGUAAAUUUCCUUCCAUUUAUAAGGCUAGCCCAAUCGAUUUUGAAACGCAAAUUUCCGUCCGUAGAUAAGCCCCUCCGAAUAUAAGCCCCUCCAAAACUAAGCCCCUCAAAAAGGGCCUUUGAAAAGUAUAAGCCCCGAGGCUUAUUUUCGGAAUUUUAAGGUAUUUUUUUCCUUUCGCAGUGAUACAGCUAGUUCGUACUUAACCUCUUCCGGUCCUGCACAGUCUGUGGAGACGCGGUAGCCGUGCCUGUAACGCCUUUAACUUCGCAUAUGUAGGUCUAUGUUCACGCCUACCUUUGAGUCGAUUCCUUGGACAAGAAACUUUCCUGUAGUUUGCCACGUGUAUAAAUGGAUACCGACAACAAACUGUUGGGGGUACCGUAUUUAUUCGAUUAAAUGCCGCGGGGCUCUUUAAAUUUUUAGCGUUUCCAAUGCGGCGUUUAUUUCGAAAUCACUUUUUUUUAAAUUACUGACAACUGUUAUUGUAAGUCGGUUGUAAAUAUAAUGUAAUAUUUAAAGGUUCGAGUUUCUCUUUUAUUUUCCUGAGAUAGAAUCGUAAAUGUCUGAAUGGCAUAAAUUACCAGUUUACCCGUUUUCCUCGAGUAAACGCGCAUUCCUCUGAUUAGGUGCAGCGUUUAUUCGCGGGCAGCAUGUAUUGGUAAUUUUGCUUCCAUCCGCGGCGUUUAAUCGAAUAAAUACGGUAACCCUACGAUGGACUACCAUCCCAUCAAAAGAGGAGAUAGGAAUACUCCUUAAUAGGGAGCGAAAACUAUCUUUCAGUAACUUCGCGGUUUUUGAAACUUCAGCGCGAUUAUCCCAACUCGCUCACUUUCUCAAACCACUAAACUACAGGAGACUCAUGGGAAGUGAGGCUACAAUUAUUUCUCGAGUCCAAAUGGGCUCUGAGUCCCUAAUAACUCUAUCUAAUAACUCAGAGGCCAUGAGGGCAAGAGGAAUAAUUGUUUUAGUAAAAUCCAACUAGUUGGUCAAAAAUAGACUUUAAUCUUCUUUUGCCGCCAAAAAGCCGGUGCUUUUCGCUACUAGUGGGCUAUAACAACUAGCCUAGUAGUAGCUUAAUCAAUCAGAACGCAGCAUUGAUAAUAGACCACUAGUUGGAAUUUACUAAUAAACUAUAUUCCUGUGACAAACAUUCUGCAUAGUGCUAGACCUGGAAUGUCGAUUGACAUGUGCUUAUGCAUAAUGAUAGAAAUGUGAUGGUUAAUUUUUAGCCUGGUGAAUAUAUGAGAAAGAUGUUUUUUUUUUCAGUCAGAGACACCUAAGGCGGUUCGCUAGAAAAAAAAUUCCGAGUUCUUACAAAAUCGAGGAUAUCGUCUGAUACUGGAAAACUUCCUACAAGUAUUGAAGGGUCACUCAUUUAAUUAGCAAUUAAUGAAUGAGGCUGAGCAGGAUAUGAAGAAUUAUGCUGAUCGAGGAGGGCGUAAUCCACCGAGGCUGAUUGCCGAGGUGGAUAACACCCUCCGAGAUCUGCAAAAUUCUUUAUAUCCUACCAAAGCCGAAUUCAUUAAUUGCUUUAUUAUUCAUUCAAAAUAAUUCCUACUUUGAAAACAAGCUAAAAUAUGCUUACCUUCGUCGAUGCUAGGUUCACCUCGAUAGUGCAUGUUUAGAAGAUAAAGGCUGUUCAGGCACGUAAAUAUACUCCAAAUAACAGAUGUUGUCUGUCGAGUUGUUUUCUUGCUGUGUUUUUAGACAAUAGUUCGUCGUGAAACGAGUAAGAUGUUCCGCCGACUCUUCGGCCAUUUUUCUUUUCACAACCACAACAACUCAACCUCGUCCUCAAAUCUUCGCGGUUAACGGUUCAUUAACCUGCAACUGUGCCGCACUUUUGAUGUCACCGGUUGAUUAAUCGCAAAAUUCUUCCAAAUUUGGUCAACAGUAGCUGGUUAUGGUCAAUUAUGCGCGUGCUUUUAGCCAAUCAGAAACUGACAAAUAAUUGGAAUGAAUAAUAAUUAACAAUUAAUGAAUGAGGCUGAGUAUCUUAUGAAGAAGUAUGGAGAUCUCGGAGGGUGUUAUCCGUCGAGGUCGUAGGCGGAGGCGGAUAACACCUUCCAAGAUCUCCAUAAUUCUUCAUAUGAUACGAAAGCCGAAUUCAAUAAUUGUUUUAUUAUUCAUUCAAAAUAAUUCCUAGUUUGAAAACAUAGCUAAAACAUGUUUACCUCCAUCUAUGUUAAGUUCAUUUUCGAUAGUGCACGAUUAGGGUUGUUCAGCCCCGCAAAUAUUCCCGAAAUAGCAGAUGUCGCCCCUCGAAUUGUCUUCUUGCUGUUCUUGCCAUGUUUUUAGCUAUUAUCUCGCCUAGUUCUUACUCUUGAAACGAGUGAAAUGUCUGCCAUUUUCGUUUUCACAACCAAAACAACUCAACCUCGUCCCCAGGUCUUGUCGGUUAACGGCGCAUUAACCUGCAAGGAAGCUGCACUUUUGACGUCAUAGGUUGGUUAAUCGCAAAAUUCUUCCAAAUUUGGUCAUCAGUAGCUGGUUAUGGUGAAUUAUGCGAGUGCUUUUAGCCAAUCAGAAUCGGGGAAAUAUUUUGAAUGAAUAAUACUGAUCUGUUUAUGUCCUCGCUUGAGUGCAUAGCUUUAGAAGUAUAAAUCUUCCCUUACUAUGCACUAGUUAAAAAAUAUAACAGGAUAGCUACAGGAUGAUGGUAAACUCUGAAACUGUCUAAAUAUUUAUUAUUAUUAUUACUAUAAUUAUUAUUAUUAUUAUUUUCAUUAUUAUGUGGCAGUAUAAAACUUUGGAAUGCUGUCCACAUUACGAGUAGUAUAGGGCGCAUAACGUAACCUACACCACUUGAGAAGCUAUAGUUAGAAGUAAAAAAAGGUCGGUACGAAACCUAAUACGAUCCUAAUAUACAUAAUGAUAUGAAUCUCUCUACUUAAAAAGCCAAUUUAGAAUAUUAUUAAAUUCUUAUACUCUGUAAAACCUACGCAAAGACAUGAUAAUAUAAUUAUCUCUACUAGAAGCCCAUUUAGAAAAUUAUAAUUAUUAUUAUUAUUAUUAUUAUUAUUAUUAUAUUAUCAUCAUUAUUAUUAUUUAUUUAUUCAUUUAUCUAUUUUUUUAGGAGAGAAGAAUGUGGAGAAAUGCUUUGAAACCCAGCGUUCGUUUAAACUUAUGGGCCCCCUGGUUGACACUGAAUUUUACCCAGGGUGGAUCGACAAUUGGGGUGUGAAAUUCCAGCACCGAGACGCUGAGGUUAUCGCCAACGAUUUCGAUACUUUGCUGAGCGCCAACUACUCUGUAAACGUGUACGUGUUUCAUGGCGGGACGAAUUUUGGAUUCAUGAAUGGUAAUCUGUUCAAAUCCUGAUCAAACCCACCUAUAAGCACCUUAAACAAUGGUAUUCUUUACACUAGAACCUAAAUAAGCUAAGAAAUAUUUUGAGACAAGUAAAUUUGAAAUUCUUCGGGUAAAAUUAAGCUUCACUUAGAACUUAAAGCUUUUUUCCUACGCAACAUAAUUAAGAUUGAUCGACAUCCUUUCUCAAAGCUCAAGAAACCGGAAGUUGCUAAGUCAGUUGUAAGGAUGGUUUUCAAGUCACUUGAAACUUGCUUGAAUCGUUUCAACUUUCCGACGUUAAUGAGAUGCAAAGUAAAAUAACUUGAGAUUCCACUUAGGCCUUCACUCACAUAUCUUUGGUUAAGUAAUAACUUAGUCUUACUUAACGACCUAGUGUAAAGACAACUAGUGACUAGUGUGUUUUUUGAUGGCUUUAAUAUCUAAAUACUACGAAACCUCGCCUUGGGAAA